GACCUUCGACGCUUUCAUGAUUUGAAGCCUACAUUAUGAAUGAUACAGGAUGUGGAUAUGGUUCUCCACAAAUUCAGCGGGCGUAUCUAAUCCCGCUUGCUGAACAGUUUGUAAAGAUUUCUGUUGACUCUUCAUCUGUGGAUGAGUUUUCAGACUACAUAAUUCGAGACAAGUCAACAAGUUGUAACAGAUCUAAUAUGAAGUUAUGGCGCAAAGAUGCUUGCAAAGCAUUAAGACUGGUGAAUACUCGUACGAUGGUCAGUCCUGUUCCAAAAGACUCACCUAUCAUGGUUGACGAAUCUGAGUUUCCUAAAGUAGAUAUGUCAGUAAAUUUAGACAAAAAGCUCCCACGUAAACGUUCCAGGACGAACUUGGAAUCAACAACUGAAUCUAUCUCUGCUCGAUGUGUUUCUUCCACGUUAUCGGAUAUCAGGCAUACAGUCCCAGCGGAUUUACGAAGGCAAAUAAAAGGCUUUCUCGCAUGCCACCUACUUUCCGAUAUAGGAUUACCGGUUUGGCCAUCCUUGUUAAUUAAUGGCCCUCCAUUUUGUGGCAAAACUACAUUGAUUGAAGCAGCAUGUGGAACUCUAGGUUUAAAAAUCAUCACUGUUUCGGUUGGUACAGUACCAUCAUCUAUGCGUCCUUGGAUGGAUAUAUUCAACCAAGCUAAGAAUUCCUCACCAUGUAUUUUGCAUUUGGAUGAUAUUGAAAGUAUGGAGAAACAUUCUUCCCCUGUUGGGACGUUCCGUCUUACCUGCCUUCUAAAAAGUCAAUUGCUUAAAGAUAUGGUCAACUCGGGUGUUGUACUUAUUGGGGAAACUCGAUCUCUUCUUGCCAGCCUACCUCAAAGUAUAUUAGAUUUGUUUACACAGAAGUUGACAUUUGGAAUGUUAAAUGAGGCUCAUCGUUUGAGAUUGUUGCAACAGUACUUGUUAGAUGAUACUGAUUUUAUUAUUUCAUCGAAACCAGUAAGUUCUAAUUCCCAUCAACUACAACUCAGUGAAAACUUAACAUGUCUUGAACUAGCCCGUCGAACACCUGGUUAUGAAAUCGGAGAUUUAAUUCGUCUGGUAGCUCAGUUAAAAAUGGCUUGUUUAACAAGUAAACUUAAUGAUGCGAACGAUGAUGAUGACAACUUGAAUAAUCUUGAUACUAACAGUAUGGGAUGUGUUAAGAAUGGUCAAAAGGUGCAUGUUAAUUUCUCCGUUGAGUCGCGUGUCGCUGAUAACUCUGUCUCGGAACCAGUCACAUAUCCUUUAAUCGUAACACGAGAAAUCGUUGACAAGGCGUUGGUUGUUGUCGUUCCAGCAGUUAAAAAUACUGCUGAAUUUGUAACUAUUCCAGAUGUGACUUGGGCUGAUGUCGGUGGUCUCGAAACAACUAGACAACAGUUAUACAAUCGCUUUAUGCUUCUAAUCGACGAUUGGGAACGUGCUCAGGUUUUGCAUCGACGUUCUGGAGGUGUACUACUUGAGGGUCCACCUGGAUGCGGGAAAACACUCGUAGCUAAAGCCCUAUCCAAUCAAGCUGGUCUCAAUUUCCUGUCGGUUAAAGGUCCAGAAGUGCUUAAUAAAUUCCAAGGUGAAAGCGAACGUCGUAUUCGAGAAAUCUUUGAAAGAGCACGUGCUUGUCAACCAUGUCUUAUUUUCUUCGAUGAAAUAGAUGCAAUCUGUCCAAGACGCGAUAGUGAUGAAUCUACAGGCAGUCGAGUUAGUUUGGUUAAUCAGCUUCUGGUUGAAUUGGAUGGUAUUGACAAACAUAGAUCAGGUCGCGUUUUUGUUGUUGGUGCUACUAAUCGCAAAGAAAUGAUUGAUCCUGCCAUACUUCGUCCUGGACGUCUGGGCUUACAUUUGAUGAUCAACCCACCGUCUAGUGUGAAAGAACGUCUCUCUGUCUUAUCAGCUUGUACUCGGUCUGCAACCACUCCUCGUAUUGAGAAUGGUAUGCUGUCACUUGAACUCAUUGCAAAUGAUUCACGCACUGAGAGAAUGAGCGGUGCUGAUCUAGAAAAUUUAUUGGAAUUAGCUAAGCAGAAGGCUCAAAUUGCAAGACAAGAUUUUGUUUCACAAGCUAACUUACUUGAUGCAUUAUCUGAGUUACAUAAAUAAACAAUACAUCCUAUCGUAAAUAUACUUUUUGAACGAACAACUUAACAUAUACUGGAAUAUCUAUUCCGUUACGAGACAUUUAAUAUCUUUGCGACUUGUUAUACUUUCAGAGCUUACUAUGUAUAUCAAAGUACACAAGGUAACUACUUCUGUAAUGUGGGUAUUUCUGUGCAUCAUAUAUUCCACUGCCUUAACAAAUUUGGUUCAUUCAUCCUGUCUUUGGUCGUUCUAUCAAUUAAAUACUUACCAUGUUUACACUAUCCAAUUACAUUACAUGUCAAACUUAUAGCGACAAAACAUCAAAAUGAAAUAUGUAUCUAAAAUGAAUAUCAGUUAACUCUUUCACUUUUUUAAAUAGAUAGGAAAGAACUAGACAUAAACUGUACGGAUGUAUAAGGCAGAUAUUCACUCUAUUUAUCAUCAGUAAAAAUAGUGUAAUUUGCAAUGUUGGACACAAGAAAUUUGGUCUCUGUCUUGUUUAUCUCCCAACACAUUGUGCACCACAGAAUAAAUUUAAAUGUGAAAUAUU